AUGUCGGCCGAUGCCGGGUCAAACAGGUGGCAGCUGCCCUUUGAAGAAGCAAUUGAUACCUCUUCGGUCACGGUGGGAGCGGGUCUCGGAUCCUCCUACAUCAUAUUACAGACGCAGCCUACUGAACUUGGGAAUCUUGAAGGGAACGAAGCACUGCAAAAUAUCCGGCCACCUGUUUUAGAUGAUAAGAAGUUGGACCUGCGGCCCUAUAGCCGAAGACAAUCGCAAGCAGAUAAGAUGCUUGCGGAGCCUAGUGUAUCUGGGCAUGCUGUAGAGUUACCUAAGCCAAGGAAAAGGGGCCGAAAACCCAAGAAGCAGCCAAAAGGCCAGAAGGUAGAGCGUCAACAAGAGGGGCUUGGUGAUGAUGGCCUUCCCAAGCAUUCUCGCCGGCGCCGAAUCCUCGAACGUAACCGCAUUAUGGCGACUAAGUGUCGUAUCCGCAAGCGCGAUGAAGCCUCAGCGCUCGCCUGUCGCGAAGAAGCUAUGAAGGACCAGAACCGCUAUCUCACGGCGUGUUUCAACACUUUGACUGACGAAAUUUACCACCUAAAGACCCAAUUACUGCUGCACACAAAUUGCAAUUGUGUUCUCAUCCAGAACUACAUCGCGAAUGAGGCGCAGAAGUGUGUAGAUAGGCUAGUCGCUUGUUCUACUGCCUUUGAUGUCUAUGACAGUUCGCUAAGCCCCUGCGAUAGAAGCCCAGGUGAUGCUAUCACCACCAAAGAGUUGAAUACUCAGAGUCUAAAUGGGGGUGGUUUCCCGUCAACCCCGAGAACCUCUUUUCAGCAGGGAUCUAGCGCCUCGGAGGUUACAGAUGUCAUGCCCAAUAUGAUGGGUUUAGGACCACUUCAAACGGCCACUAUGCCGCCUGAUUCGAUGGUCUUUGAACAGCCAGUUCCAUCGUUAUCUUUCACUAGAUAUGAACCAGGGCUAUCCGACUACGAGGGACUGUGA